CUCUUGCUGCUACUCCGGAAACUCAGGCAUCAGUUAUACGGACAACCAGCGAGUGAUUCUGCAGAUAACAGACAUAAAUGAUGAGCCACCCUACUUCAUCAAUCGUCCUCUACCCAUGCAGGCGGUAGUGAAGCUCAACGCUGCUCCCAACACUCCAGUUUUCACUCUGCAAGCCCGGGACCCUGAUAAGGACCAUGACAUACACUACUUUCUUGUCAGGGACAGAACUGGAGGACGAUUUGAGGUGGAUGAAAAAUCUGGUGUUGUUCGCACUCGUGGGUCAGAGAUGUUUCAGCUGGACAUGGAAUAUGUUCUGUAUGUGAAAGCUGAAGACCAGAAUGGAAGGAUUGAUGAUAAGCAUUUCCAGGCGACACCCGAAGAACGCUUGUCCAUUGUUGGUGGUAAGCGGCCACCACAGUUUUACCUCCCAAAAUAUGAAAAGACCAUCCCAGAAAAUGCAGCCAAAGAUUCAGACAUUAUCUCUGUUAAAGCUAAAUCUUUCGCUGACCGAGAAAUCCGUUAUACGUUAAAAGCUAAAGGCCAAGGUGCAGGAACUUUCAAUAUUGGACCAACAUCUGGCAUUGUUAAGUUGGCCAAGGAACUCGACUUUGAAGAUGUUCGUCAGCCACACAUCUACCAGUUGGUUGUGACAGCAACUGAAGACUCUGGUGGUUUCUCUACUUCAGUUGAUCUGACUAUUAAAGUGACAGAUGUCAAUGACAAUCCUCCGAAAUUUGAUUUGCCUGAUUAUCAAGCCCACAACAUUGAUGAAGACAUCCCGAUUGGUUCAUCUAUACUCCGGGUGAAAGCUCGUGACGACGACUCUGGGACAAAUGCUGAGAUUACUUAUUCUGUUUCUGAUGAUCAUUUUCGUGUUGACAACAAGGGAAUCAUAUAUAAUCGUAAAACUCUCGAUGCUGAUGAUAACAGUGCUUACUAUGAGUUCACGGUUACAUCUACAGACAGAGGUGAACCAGUCAAGGAAGGUACAGCAACAAUCCGUAUUUAUACCAAAAACAAGAAUGAUGAAGAACCCAACUUUUCUCAGCAGGUGUAUACCCCAAAUGUUGAUGAAAAUGCUGGACCAAAUACUCUUGUGACAACAGUUGUAGCAUCAGAUAAAGAUGGUGAUAAUGUAGAGUUUGGUUUUGUUGGUGGAGCCCGUGAAUCUGGCCAGUUUGUUAUUGAGAAGAUGACGGGUGUCAUUCGCUUGCAUAAUGGAGCCAUUUCCCUCGAUCGUGACAAAUAUGAGUUGAAUGUAACUGCUGUUGAUGAUGGCAAUUGUUGUCCUGGAGGACAGCACUCCCUCCAUACCUCUACUGCUGUUGUUGUAGUCUUUAUUACAGACGUUAAUGACAACAAACCUGUGUUCAAGGACUGUGCUUCAUAUCAUGCAAAAGUAGAAGAGUCUGCUCCUAAUGGUUCACCUGUCAUCACUGUACGAGCCACUGAUGAGGAUAAGGGUGUUAAUGGACAGGUCCGUUAUAGUAUUGUCCAACAGCCCAACCAGAAAGGCACCAAAUUUACAGUAGAUCCCGAGACAGGCGACGUAACUACCAAUAAAGUGUUUGAUCGUGAAGGUGAAGACGGCAAGUUUGUUUCUGUGACAGUAAAGGCCACGGAUAAUGGAGACCCAUCACUAGAAGGUGUUUGUUCCUUCACUGUGGAGAUCACAGAUAUUAAUGACAAUCCUCCACUAUUUGAUCGUCAGAAAUACAUAGAGAAUGUGAAGCAGGAUACAAAUGUAGGAACAAAUAUUUUGCGUGUGUCUGCCUCUGAUGAAGAUGCUGACAACAAUGGUGCCAUCGUCUACAACCUGACUUCAGCAGCAAAUGCCGGUGAUCUAGACUACUUUGAGGUCCAACCUGAAUCAGGUUGGAUAAUCUUGAAGAAACCCCUAGACGUCACCCAUGUUACCCCAGGCCUCCCAGUAGACAACAACAAGUUUUGCUGCGACACACAAACUCAGCGUGGGGCGUACGAGGUGGUUGUAACAGCCACGGACCAGGGUCAGACUCCCCUCACCUCGGAGGUGCUGGUCCGUCUCAGUAUCGUGGACCGAGCCAACCGCCCCCCUGUGUGGGAUGAGGAGGUCUAUAAGCGCAAGAUGAUCCCAGAGAAUAUUAGUGUGGGUCAGACCGUCUACUCCAUCAAGGCCAGCUCUGGUAUAAAGGAUAAUCCGGUAGUGUUCUAUCGAAUCAUCCGGGGAUCCACAGCACAGACCAACAAGCAUGAUACCUUCUACUUACAACAACGGCCAGAUAAUGGGGACACCUGGGCAGAUAUUAAAGUCAACCAUCCAUUAGACUAUGAGAGUAUAAAGGAGUACAACUUGACAGUCCGAGUAGAGAAUAAUGGUCCACAACAAUUAGCCUCGGAAGCCACUAUAUAUGUUGUUCUCGAGGACGUCAAUGAUGAAAUCCCAUUGUUUACUGAACGUGAACAGGAGACGGUACUUGAAGGCGAGCCAAUUGGUACCAAGGUCACGCAGGUCAAUGCUAUCGACAAGGAUGGAACUUACCCCAAUAAUGAAGUUCUUUAUCGUAUUGUUGACAGUCCACGAAAUGAAGGUCGUGAUUUCUAUGAGAUCAGGGAGCGUACUGGUGAAAUUUUCACUCGUGUAGAGUUCGAUCGUGAAGAAAAACAAGCUUAUGCCCUCGAAGUAGAAGCACGUGAUGGAGCAGCAUCGGCCCGACCAAAUGCCAACGGUCGACCCAAUACAGAAUUUGAAAAUGUAGAAAACAGCGGUAAGAUUGAGCGUGAUAAGAUGAUGGGCUGCAUAACUUUAGUUCUAGAUGGCAUCAUCCAGCCAGGCUUGCGAGUGUAUUUUUCGAGUGGAGGAAUGGCGCUGGUGGCAGACAGACGCACACGGGAGUUUGGUAAAGCUUGUGGCAACUUCGUAAUUGAAUUCACUUGCUUUUACCGACGAUUGAAGUUGAACUCUGGUGGCGGCAGCAGCUUACCUGAAGAUUGUAAGAAGCGAGACCUCCUGUGUUAG